GUCCCAGAACAAUUUGUGUAUUAACUGUUUAAUGAGAAACUAAUUUGCUCUGUAAACUUUCACUUAAAUCAUAAUUAAAAAAAAGAAGAAGAAAGUUUAGGGAAAAAACAACAAAAAAAACAGUAAUAAAUAAAUAAUUAGAAAAACCAAUAGUUUCGCUUAAUUAGUAAAGAAUGUCUGCCUUGAGCAUCGUGCUCCUUUAAAGAACUAUCCAUCUGGGAUCCACUGGACCACAGGAACUGGAAGGGUUAGAUAGGAAGCUUAGCCAGCAGUCUGCCUAUGUCAUUGGGGGAGCAACAUUCUGAAAAGGAGGGUGAAAAUGGUUGCACAACUCGAAGAAUGUCAUCAACAUCGCUGAAUUAUACAUAUAGAAAUUGUUGCAUUGGUGUGUGUUUUGCUGUGUAUUAUUUUCAACAACAUUUUUUAAAAAGGAAAAACUGACCCCCCCCCCAAAAAAAACCCACUGGCAAGUUGUCACCAUUCCUAGCAAAUGUCUGUUGGUACUCAACACUAUGUAACAUCUCUGGCUCUGUUGGGAACCCACGGAUACACACAGCUGUAAUCCACUAAAACUCCUAUCAAAACUACCUCCUCGCUUAGAUUAGCAGCCCCGCCCGUGGCCUAUUUAGAAUUUCUCCGAAAAAAAGUUGAAUAACAUAAAUGAAUGCCCAAAUCCUGAAACUUAAAUUCAAGCCUUAGGGAAACAAUUCUUUAAAUGGUUGCUGUAGAUGCCUCAAUUGCUGCCAUACUGAUAAAUCUGAAGCCAUCCAUUGUGACACUAAACCUGGGAGCUAUAACAUUUAUCUUAGUCAUCAUUUGAUAUUUAUAGUCCAAAGUAUUUUGCAUAAUCCUGACUGCAGAAAUUUAAUUGUUUCAUAAGUUCCUAGUAAAAUUAAUAGUGACUUUCAUCUCACCGAACAGGCAGGAAGUUUAUUAAGGACACCAGCUAGUCAUAUUGAAAACCUGGUUUCACAAAAUGCAUAACCACUGUGGGCCUCGUCGCUGGGGACUAACUUCACAAUUGGCCCGUCUCGGCUGGCCACGAGGUCUUGGCCACUAGCCCAGCCUCUGCCAGGACGUUCCCGUGGCCUCUAGGGCUGGAUAGCUGGGCAGUGCGGAAGGAAACCUACUUGGAUUCCCAAGGGGAUUUCGGGGAGGUUCAGCCCCCCCACCCCCCUCGCCUGCCUGACGUCCGUGCCUGCGCCUGCUCUCGCGUCCCCCUGACGCGCCCAGGGAUGAAACAGGCCCUCACUCUGGAAGGCGAGGGUUCUGGCCUCGUGAGCAAGGGCUGGGGUGUAGCUUGGAGGGAUCCCGGGAAGGACCCAGGAGCAAGGCUGGGCGGUGGGCUCGCAUGGCGAAGCCCGGGGCGUCCAGAGACAAGAUCUCGAAUAGCGGGUGAAGCGUCUGCGGGGCUGGACCCUGGUGGAGGUGGGGAGUGGGCGGAGGCGCAGUUGGAAACGCCCCGGGCCUGGCCGGGCCGGCCCGGUUAGGGGCACUGUGGAAGGGACGGGACGGCUCCGGGUUGCAGUGCUCGGCCGGUUCACCUCGCCCUGGUGGCGCGCCCCGCCGGUGAAUCGGGGGAAGGGAAUCCGGACCCGCUGCCUUUAGAUUCCGGGACCGCCCCCUCCCAGUCCAGGGCCUGCCGGCUUGGCGAGCUGCAGCGACGGCCGGAGCCACAGAGGCAGCAUGAGAGCUGGCGCCGCUCCUCCACGUCUGCGGACGCGCAGGGGGCUGCGGCUCUGCCUGACGGCUCCAUGGGGGCGCCGUUGGACCGGCGACACCGGCGGCGCAGAGGCAUGGAACUGUCCCGGAGCCCUUCGGCGCUGGCGGCCGCGGGCCUGAUAUGCACUGCGCUGGCCGCCUACGCCUGCUGGGGACAGCUGCCGCCGCUGCCUUGGGCGUCUCCGGCCCCGCCGCGGCCAGUCCGCGUGCUGCUGUGGUGGGAGCCUUUCCGAGGGCGCACUGGCGCCUUGAAACCGCCCCCCGACUGCUGGCUGCGCUUCAAGAUCGGUGGCUGCCGCCUGCUCACCGACCGCUCGGCCUACGGGGAGGCGCAGGCCGUGAUUUUCCACCACCGGGACCUUGUGAAGGGGCCCCCCGACUGGCCCCCGCCCUGGUACGUCCGGGGGCGCACUGCCGAGGAGCGGGAGCUGCUCGUGGUAGACGACGAGGAGGAAGCGGCAGCCGAAGCCGGGGCGGUCUCGGGCUCCAGGCCCCCGGGCCAACGUUGGGUGUGGAUGAACUUCGAGUCGCCCACCCACUCCCCUGGACUGCGAAACCUGGCAAGCAACCUCUUCAACUGGACUCUCUCCUACCGGGUCGACUCAGACGUCUUCGUGCCUUAUGGCUACCUGUACCCCAGGAGCCACCCCACAGACCAGCCGCUGGGCCUGGUCCCGUCGCUGGCCCGGAAACGGGGGCUGGUCGCCUGGGUGGUGAGCCACUGGGACGAGCGCCAUGCCCGAGUCCGCUACUACCACCAGCUGGCCCAGCACGUGUUUGUCGACGUGUUUGGCAAGGGCGGGCCAGGACGGCCCUUGCCAGACAGCGGGCUCCUGCACACGGUGGCCCGCUACAAGUUCUACCUGGCCUUCGAGAACUCGCAGCACCUGGAUUAUAUCACCGAGAAGCUCUGGCGGAACUCGUUGUUGGCCGGCACGGUGCCGGUGGUCCUGGGCCCGAACCGUACCAACUACGAGCGCUUCUUGCCCCGCGGCGCCUUUAUCCAUGUAGAUGACUUCCCUAGUGCAGCCUCCCUGGCCGCUUACCUGCUCUUCCUCGACCGCAACCCGGCUGUCUACCGCCUCUACUUCAACUGGCGCCGGAGCUACGCGGUGCACAUCACCUCCUUCUGGGACGAGCCCUGGUGCCGGGUCUGCCAGGCCGUGCAGACUGCUGGGGACCGGCCCAAGAGCAUAAGCAACUUGGCCCACUGGUUUGAGCAAUGAAGCUGCCUUCCACUGGGUGUGACCCAGGGAAGCCCAGUCGUCAGCUUUUUGAUCCUUUGAUUGUACAUCUCUUUGACUGCCGAAUCAUGGGACUGAUUUCUCCAAACACCUGUUUGGUAUAUAGGGAAAAUGACUUACCAAUUAAUAUUAUACAGCAUAAGGUCAGGUGGGAAGAAUCCUGGGCUAUCAUGAUUUUUUGCACACCUAGGAGUUGGGCUCCCUCUGCUGUUGGUGGGCAUCAGUUUUCAGGAGUGGUAAGUGCCUCUUGCCCAUCUUGAUAGCUACAAGAAGCCAUUGAGUGUCUUGCUCCAUACUUGUAGGCCACGCUUCCAAAUAUACACACUGUUCACCAGCUCAAGUAUCCCGGGUCCCUGAAGCAAACCCCUGGUUAUAGAAAGCCAUGUUGCCUGAUAGUGGAAGGACUAUGCCCGCAAGUGGGUCUUUCUCUUUGUUGGUUGGAUUCUUCAAAGCCUCACCUCCUGAGGAAGAAGUCAUUGACAGCGUGUUCCCCUGCCCUGUGAAUGGAAACAAGGUGCUGGAUUUCCUUGGAGGGGAGUGAGAUGAACACAUAGGUGUGCCCAACUUUACACAAGAAAUGUAUUCCUGAAAAGCUGCAUUUAAAUCAAAUCCCAGGUUAAAUGCCCCAAGGGAGUUCAAUAUUUAAAGAAACCCUGUGGAGAAUCCCUUUACAAUGUGAAUAAUCAUCUCCUAAUUUAUUACUUCUGUACUUUUCUGCUUUUCUAUAACACGGAUUUUUAAAGAAGCAUAUGAAAAUUACAGAUGUGAAAAUAAGACAGAAGCAAACUUCUUCCUUCUUCCCAGAAAACCAGUCUGUGUUUACAAACAGAAAUAAGGAAGCCGCAGUGUCACUUUCCACAGUGUUAUUUAUUUUGUGUCUUUACUGGACCUGAAAUUAAAACAGGACUGUCAGUCUUGCAGGGAUGCUGGCAUUACCUUGUCUGCAGAGCAUUGAAAGACACUACACUGCAUUGUGGAAUCACGCAAAAGGAAAACACAGCUUCAUGGUGUCUGUUAGUGGCAGUUUUUAUGUUUCUGUCAGUUUUUGGUUAAAUGUUUAGUUCUUAGGGAAAGGAACUAAAUCAGUGCCUACGAUUAACUUCUCUGUUUCUCGUUAAAGGUGAAAUCUGUAUUUCUCCCGGGUACCAGCAGGCUUCCCACCUAGUCUGCAUAACAGUACAGUGCAGAUUCCUCCCAUUUCUUAUAUCCCUGAGACUGUGCUAUGGGACCAACCUUGAAAAUAUAUACAUUAACUUUAAAAAGUUGUUGAAUGAGUAGCGUAUUUAACGGCCUACUCUGUGCCAAACACUGGGAAGAUAGAAAAAUGUAUAAGGCAAGUUCCCGUUCUUUAAAGUUCUUAUAACUUACCACUACCAAAAAUUAGUGAAUGCUGAUAAAACAGUUGGCAGAACCUAUUUGUUUAAAUUGGCACUCUUUGAGAUGCAGAUCAUAAAUAAAUUAUUAGAAAAUCAGUUGAUUUACAGUCUGAUAUAAUGCUGUUUUUUUUUCUCUUUAUUAUAAAAGGACCCUUUGUGACUAUUAACUGUGGAUAGGGUCCAAGAUUAAUUAGUUUUAUGCAGAAUUCUGCUGUAAACAUGAAUGUUGCAUUUGAUUACAACAGUUUGUCUUUAAGGAUUAUUUUUAUGUGUUUGUUGCAGGCUUACUUGAUAAGUUCAUUUAAUUCUAGGUGCCUCGAUUCUUUUCCUUACAAGGAGAAAUUAAAAUCUGUGGAUAAAAUAUUCAUUAGAGUAUUAUGGUGUGGGCAGAAUCACAAUGACAAUGUACCAGCCAUCCAAUAAAGAUAACGUUCUAUUCUUAAAAUGAGUUUUCAUGAGAUACUUGCCAAUUGUCUUGGUGUUACUGGGAUCUACACGAGGCAGUGGGGGAGGGCUUGGGUUUUGAAGGUAAUCUGGUUUAAAGUCGAAGGCCAGCAGUGUGACCUCAGGCAAAUUAGUUAAUAACUCUGAGCCCCACCUUCCUCGUCUGUAAAAUGGGGGGAGGAAAAUGCUUCACAGUUCAUUGUGGGCAUUUCGGGAAAUAAAAUACGGGAAAGUGCCUAACAUAGUGAGUACCCAAUUUUCCCCCCUUCUCAAAACCCAUUAAUACGAGUAAAACUUAAAUCUCAAGGUAUGUUACAUCUCAAAAAAAAAAAAAAGGAAGAUCCAUCAUCCUCGUAUCAGACUCAAGUAUUUCAAAAGAGUCCCUAAAGCUAAGCCAUAUUAUUUUAAGAAUCGUCAUUGCCAUCUAAAUUGAAUUUGCAGACUAAGAAGAAGCAACGAUGCUUCCUUUGGGGAAAAAAAAAUUUUUUUUUUUUUGGUUAAGCUAUGUAGUUAAAUAAGCCUCAUGUUCAUAUACUGUAUCUAUCGUUUUACUAGUGGUCUUAGUAUUAAGUCCAUUUAAAACUAACAACAUAUUUAUUGAGUAGCAUGAGGAUGGCAUAAUUGCAAUCUUAUUCAUAUGCAAACUUUGGUAUGGAACAAAGAGACUAUUUUUUUAGGCUAAUCGCUUCAAAGAGCAAGAGAAAUGUGGCAAUUGCUCAUUUUGUUAUCAUUCAUGUUCUAAAUUGGGUAGGUUCAAACUUCACAUGCCUUAAUAUAAAAAUGCAUAUGAAUGAUCUCAUGUAUUUCAAAGUAUAUUUCCUAUGAUUGUCAUGCCCUUCUUUUAAGAAAUAAACAUUUCCUUUACGUAUGCUACAAAUUUAAUAAUAUUUUAGCACUAAAAAAAAACCCAGCGCCUAGAUGACUAAUUACAUGAGUGCACCUGGAAUGACGCAAAUGAAUCAGGACAGUUAGACUUGGUUUGCGGUUUCUUUGCAGCUUCUCUGCAGUUCCCAAGCCUUUCCCUGGCAAUAAUUUAGGGGAGACAGAGUAGCUUCACGGAAAGAGUUUGCAAUUUAGAGUCAGAACCUGGGUACGUGGCCCUGCCACUUUCUGCCUCUUUGGCUUCGAUUAGGCAAGUUACCUAAACUCUCUGAGUUGUAACCUUUAUAAUGCAUGAACAAGGAUUAAAUGUGAUGAUGUAUGCCAACGUUCUUUGUACAUUGUAAAGUACUAUACAACUAUAAAAGUGCUCUAAAUUUUCAAGGCUCUAGACCAGAGGUGGUGCUCUAGUGACGCAGUGGUUAAGACCUUGGCUGCUAAUCAAAAGGUUGGCAGUUAGAAUUCACCAGCUGCUCAUUGGAAACCCUGUGGGGCGGUUCUACUCUGUCCUGUAAGGUUGCUAUGAGUCAGAACUGACUUGACGGCAACCGGUUUUUUUAGACCAGGGUUGUUGGCAAACUUCUUCUGUUGUGGAUCAGAGAGUAAAUAUUACAGGCUUUGCAAGCCAUACAGUCUGUUGCCACUACUCAGAUCUGCUGUUUUAGUGUGAAAGCAGCCAUAUGUAAACAGAUGGGAUGGCUGGCUUUGGCCUGCAGGCCAUAGUUUGCCAACCCUGCUCUGGACUUCAAAAGAUCUAAGGAAUUUGAGAAACUACCUGCUGAUGGUUACUUAGAAGCAAUUUAAAAGUUGGAAUUUAAGAAUUCUGGAGGGAAUGAUUGCUGGGUUCCUAAUCCAGCUUUGCAACAUUUCCUAAUUAUCUGAUUGUGGGCAAAUAACUUAAGUGUUCUGUGCCUUGAUAUCCUCCUCCCUCACUGAAGAUAAUCAUAUAUAAUUUAUGGAGGAGUUGGGAGGAAGGAUUAGCUAAGACACCUAAAAUAGUAUAGUGCCUGGCACAUAGGAAGCACUUGGAAAAUGUUCGCUGCGAUUAUCAUCAGUCCUUUUUUACAAAGGAAGGAGCUGAGGUCGGACCCAUUGAGGGACUUUGCCUAAGGUCACAGGGGUAGUGGCAGAACCAGCUGUGUUUGUGCAAAUCCCACCCCUUGGAGCCUCUGUCACUUGAACUGAAAAAUGAAGGGGUUGGACAAAAUCAUCUCUUGGGACUUUCUCGUUCUACUUGCUGUUGUUCUACUAACUGGCACCCUAGGGCUUAAAGAGCUGAUUCAUCUCCCAAUGUGCUUUCCUUACGGUCCGGAAAUGACUUCAUACAUAGCAGGAGUAAAUUGACAGGAAACCAGCUACCAGAGAGGGAGACUGAUUUAGCACUAAAAAUCCAUAUUUUUUAAAGUGUCCCAUGCCUUAGAUAUCAGCGAGAGGAGCCAAAUCCUUGGUAAUUGUUGUUAACUGCCAUUGAGUCAGCCUCCAACUCACAGUGACCCCACGUGUUACAGAGCAGGACUGUCCCAUAGAGCUUUCGAAGAUGUAACCCUGACAGAAGCUGUUUGCCAGAGCUUUCUCCUGCAAGGCUCCUGGGCAGACUCGAGCUGGGAACCUUUAGGUUAGCAGCUGCUUGCAAACCACUUGCGCCACCCAGGCUCCUCCCUGAUAAUUAUCAGGGUAAAUAAUUGCAUUGAAUAAGUUUCAAGUUAUUCUUGGAUGUGUCUCAGGCACUUUUAUGCUACACAUUCUUCUAACAAAUCAAGCAUUUAUGUAUCCAUGUUCAGAUUACUCUGACAAAAUGAUUAAUGAGAUGGAAACGACUCCUUGUUUCUAGUGUAUGCCCUCCAUGCACUGUGUUCAAUAAUGACAUACCGGAUAUUUCUUGGUCAGGGGACAGCUUCUGUAAGUUCGUUACCCUUAGGCUGGUAAUGAUGGCUUUGCCUCUUCUGAGCUGCACUGGGUUCAGCUCACUACAUCCUCUUGCUCUUUCUUGUCUGGCUUCUUGAUCCUCAUCUGGUGACUCCUCUCCAGGGGCAUAAGUAGUAUAUGCCUGUCAUGGAUUGAACUGUGUCCCCCAAAAAUAUCUGGCCAUGAGUUCCAGUAUCGUGUGAUUGUCCACAAUUUUAUGUGAUUUCCCCAUGUGUUGUAAAUCCUAUCACUAUGAUGAAAUGAAAUGGAUGAGAUGGGUUAUACUGAUGAGAUAUACAAGUUUAAAUACUGUCAUAAGCCAAUCUCUUUAAGAAAUAAAAGAGUGAAGUGAGCAGAGAGACAGGGGGGCCUCCUACCAUCAAAAAGCAGCUCAGGGAAUAGAGUGCAUCCUUUGGACCUGGGGUUCCUGUACCAAAAAGCUCCCAGACCAAGGGAAGACUGAUGACAAGGACCUUCCUCCAGAGCCAACAGAGAGAAAGCCUGCCCCUGGAGCCAGCACCCUGAAUUUGGAUGGACCUCUAGCCUACUGGACUGUGAGGGAAUAAACUUCUCUUUGUGAAAGCCAUUCACUUGUGGUAUUUCUGUUAGCACUGGCAGCACUAGAUAACUAAGACAAUGCCUUCCACUCCGUCCAAUUUAUUUUUACUAAGUGCUCUGAUGCCCUCUUUGUACUGACUCUAGACCUGUUCACUAAAUUAAAUAAUGCCCUUUUUUUUUUUUUUCUUAAGUAGAAUCUAUUAUAAAGAUUGGAAACAUGAGAGCAGGUAGAGAGCAGAGGAGGUAAACUUGCUUCGUAACAUCAGCAGUGAUAGUACCGGAAGUGGAAAACCUGAAGUUGGGCGGAACAUGAAGCUCAGAAUAUUUUCUUUGCUUCCUGGACCUGCCCUCCUUCAAUACACACCGACGUGCUCAUUUAAGUAGAGACUUUGAAAUAUAAUGAUGGCCAGCUGAGGACAGAAGCAGGACAAGAAAAGAAGAUUCAAUAAUAAAUGAGUAAAAAGAAAGGGACACUAUAAAGUAGAACAGAUGGUGAAUAUAGAUGGGGAGUGAAAAAAAGGGAAGACACUGGGGUAAAUGGGUAAGAAGUGUUUGAUGAGACGGUGAGAAGAUCAGAUAGAAGAAAAAGAGGGGAAGGGGACAAAUAAGAAAGAUAAAGGUUAAAUGACAACAAAAGAGUGUAAAGAAGGAACAUAUGCACAGAGAAUGAAGGAAUAUUUUAAAACCCACCAUUCAAAAGCACUUUUCUGGAAAGAAACCUUUGUUCAGCUUGAAAUUUAGCGUCUGCUGGCAAAUGCGGAAUGAAAUCAAGAACUCUGACAGGGAAAAGCCAGGAUUUAACAAGGAAUAAACUAACAUUCCAGCGGAAAUAGAACACUGCCCCUCGAUUCAUUACAACAGAUUCUUGAACUCUUAUGUAUGCGUCUUUUUCAUCUGAGAAAAAUCAUACUCACUGCAGUGUUUUCUCAUUCCUAGUUAGCAUACUUCAGCUCAACUCAAUAUCCACUUCUAGAGAAGUUUAUUUUUUUAUAUAGGCAUAAUCACCAACUGACUCUUAGAAGAGACAUGAUUUAGUAUCCCUAGGUACACUUCUGUGAGCCUGGCCUUUCCUUCUCUAGGCAGGCAGAGGACAAUGGCGCAGCCAACACACAAAACCACUGUUUUUACAUGGCUAAAACCGUGGUGAUUUUACAGUACCCUGGGCACUUCAUGGAAACCCUGGUGGCGCAGUGGUUAAGAGUUUGGCUGCUAACCAAAAGGUUGACCAGCUGCUGCUUGGAAACCCUAGGGGGCAGUUCUACUCUGUCCUAUAGGGUUGCUAUGCGUAAGAAUGGACUUGAUGGCCACGUUUGGUUUUUUGGGUUAGGCAUUUCACAUCCGUGAAGUAGGAAUUGGGGUUCUGCGCCCGGCGUUUCUUCUUCUCUUCUGGAGAGGGAUGAAAAGAGGUCUUCUAAA